CUGUGGAUGCAGUGACAGCAUAAGUAACAUUUAUUUAUAUUAUUAAAAAAAGAAAAAGCCGUUUGGAUUUUCCUAGAGUUUGAUUUAAGCGCUUCACGUCUCCGUCGGUUUGAUGAAUGCGCUCACAUUGUCAACCUGCUGGGGGCCUAAGAGUGGAGCAGCACACGGCUUUAUGAAUGGGGAUGCUCGGUUCCCAGGCUGACUGUGAUUGAGGUGCCUCAAAACAUUCCAAGGUCUUUUAAGAAGGAUUAUAUUCAAGAUUUGGAAGUUCCUUUAGCAAAACAAAACCGCCACCAUGCCAAUCCUAAAACAGCUAGUGUCCGGCUCCUCCCAGACCAAGCGACGCUCACGCAUGGACCUGACCAGGGAAAUGAUCAGCGCUCCACUGGGCGACUUUCGCCACACCAUGCAUGUAGGUCGCAGUGGUGAUGCUUUCGGUGACACCUCCUUUCUCAGCACGCGCUCGGGGGAACCUCCCCCUGAAACCAAUUUCUUCCCCCGCUCUCCUCGGCCCGGCCUCCUGUCUCGCACCUUCAGGAGCAGCAAGCGCUCCCAGUCCGUGAACAGAGUGGACCAGCAUGGAGACAACACCCCUUGUGGGUCACCCACCUAUGUGAAGAAUGCCAUGUCUCUGCCUUUCCUCAAUGAGGAUGACAGAGGGGACAUUAUUGGGGCAAAGAGUUUGUCCUCGAGUCCUUUCAAGCAGCAAGGUGAGGUGGAUGGGAGGGGCGGAGCUGCGGCUGCCCACUUCCUGGAGCUGGAAGAGCAGAGCUUUGGCGAGCUCACUGAGCUUCCAGAGAGCUCCCACCACUACAGCAGUGGAAUGAAGCGCGCCGAGUCAGUAAUGUCUUUCCAUGUCGACCUGGGACCCUCCAUGAUGGGUGACAUCCUGGGGGUGAUGGAAAAGGAGGAUGACGAUCUCGGCUACGAGGAGGGCAAGAGCAGCGAGGGCCAUGCCUCACCACCUCUCAGCACCCACGGUGAGGAAGAGGAUAGCGUGGAGAGAGAAAAAGAUGAGGAUGCAGAGGCGGAGACGGAGGAAGAGGGAGACUCUGCGGAACUGCAGCAGCAGGUCUCUAUGGAUCUUGCCAGCUCUGUAGAUCUGGGGCAUGAGAAUGGAAGUCCCUACACCCCAGAGUACACUCCCGAGAUUCGGCCCAAACAUUUGCAGCAUCUAGACAGUUGCUCCAUGUCCAGCUCUGGCUCAGCUGCCCUGGAUGAGAAACCAAACAGCCAGACCUAUGCAGGAGAUACAGACAGCGCCACUUUCAGUGCCCCGCCUGGGGAGGAGAGCAACUUCUCCUCUUUCUUGGAAGAUGAAGACGAUGAGAUCCGCGUAUGAGUCUCUGAUGUCUUCUAAAAAAGAAAAAGAAAAAAAUAGGACAGAGCUCUUGAAGGGGUUUAUGUGAAACUAGCAAGUCCUUUGACGGUGUGGAUUUGCAGUUGAACGGAAAUAAGACCCUGUUGCCGGGUACUGUGGGAAUGGGACUGUAAAGAAGACGGCGGACACUUACUUUGUAGGUCUGCAAGGAAAGCGUGACUGAUCCUUUUGGAAGAGCCCAAACUCAAUCUGUCAGAGAGCCUUACCCUCCACUGUCUGUCAAUCCCUCUCUCCCUUUUGAACACUGAGGGAACUGACGUGGAAGAGCAGAAAAAAACUUUUAGGAAAAACACUUUCCAUAACUGAAGCUCAGUUCACGCUUUGUCUCUCUUUCCUCUCACUUGAUGUGUCACAUGGCUUUUCAAAUUUGGUUCGCCUCCCUUCUUGUUGUGCUUUUUCUCACUGGCUGUGGGACAUGAUGAGGCCUGAGCUAAACAGAAGGCCUCUAGCACCACAAGAUUACUGAUGGGAAUCUUCUAACAAUAAAGGGGGUUGUGUUUGUCACUGGAGUGUGAAGCCCUGCCUUGAGCCCCUUUCAUCUGAAAAUAAUAUAGUAAAGUGCCAUAGAUCUGUCAGUCUUCUCCCUUAUGUGACUCGGGGUCCUUGUGAGGCUGCUCGACGGCUGCCAUUUCCUGCUGUAAAGCUGGAGCACAAAGCCCAAAAACAAAAUUCUCUUCUGUUUUUCAUUCACUGUUGAGUGCCUCUUAAGGCGUAGCCUCAGUGUAAAUUUUGAGAGGAAACCAGGGCUGUAAGGCUAAUGGAGAUGCAUUGGCCUGCAUUAACUAUGGUGUGGGCAUGGUGUUACUACAGGAAGACGGAGGUGUAAAGAAUGGUGUGUGUGUGUGUGUGGCCCACUGGGGAGAGACUGUACA